CUAAUCUUCAGUCCCUGACCAAAGCCCUCUCUCGCCUUAGAUUUUACGGAGGAAAUUAAACAAGUUAAAUGUACUCUUUAAGACAGUGUUCAGCGCAGUGAGGAGGAAGAAAUGAGUGCUUUCAAUAAGUUCAAAGCUAGCGUCCCAAUUGCUUGGAGUCCGAACCUCUAUAUAACCCUUGUGAGGGGAAUUCCCGGCACCAGAAGGCUUCAUAGGCGCACUUUGGAAGCACUACGCCUAGGCAAAUGUAACCGCACUGUCAUGAGGUGGAACACCCCCACAGUCCGGGGAAUGCUUCAGCAGGUGAAGAGGUUGGUUGUGGUUGAGACUGAAGAAAUGUUUAAGGCACGCAAAGCAAAUGAAGCCAAACACCGAGCAGUACGCCUCCCUAUUGUCAUUAGUCAUCUUCCAGCUUCUGCGAUUGACUCCUCUAAGCAGCCUUAGAAGGUCUAGAAUAGUUAGCAGGUGAAGUCGAGAACUUUGCUGAGAUUUGAAAUAUGAAAAUUUGAGGUCAAAACGCUGGUCUACCGUGUUUAUUAAGUUUUAUUUAAGUGCUUGAAAGAACAAAGAGAGUAAACACCUCUGCCUGAGCUAGUUUUUCCACCUCUGUUUCAGUAGUGGUUGUUCUGAUAGACUUGUUUUCAACAUGUUUGAAGGAAAUAAUCAAGUAAAAAAUGGUGAAACUUGAAAUAUUAAUGUAUUGAACCUUUUGUUCUCCA